GGAGAAAUCGAUGCUCACGAAGACAGCUUUAAAUCUGCGGACGACUCUGGACAGGCCCUGCUUGCUGCCGGACAUUAUGCGACUGACGAAGUGAAGGAGAAGCUGACCAUCCUCUCGGAGGAGAGGACAGCCCUGCUGGAACUCUGGGAACUUCGUCGGCAGCAGUACGAGCAGUGCAUGGACCUGCAGCUUUUCUACCGGGACACCGAGCAGGUGGACAAUUGGAUGAGCAAACAGGAG